AUGAACCAAUCAACCACAAUUGAGGCAACAACAACCACAAAUGAACCAAUAACAACCACAAUCGGGCCUACUACUUCAACCAAAAAUGAUCCAACAACUACAACGGAGACAACAACUUCAAACACAAAUAAACCAACAACUACAACUGAGGCAACAACAACCAUAACUGAGCAAAGAACAAACACAAUUCAGACAAUAACUUCCACCACAAAUGAACCAACAACUACUACUGAGGUAACAACAACCACAACUGAACCAACAACUUCAACCACAAAUGAACCAACGACUACAACAGAGGCAACAACAACAAAUAUUGAGCCAACAACCACAGUUGAGGCAACAACAACCACAAAUGAACAAACAACAACCACAAUGGAGGCAACAACUUCAACCACAAAUGAACCAACAACCACAAUUGUGGCAACAACAACCACAACUGAACCAACAACUUCAACCACAAAUGAACCAACGACUACAACAGAGGCAACAACAACAAAAAUUGAACCAACAACCACAGCUGAGGCAACAACAACCACAAAGGAACAAACAACAACCACAAUUGAGCCAACUAUGUCCACCACAAAUAAACCAACAACUACAACCGAGGCAAUAACAACCACAAUUGGGGCAAAUACUUCAACCACCAAUGAACCCACAACAAUGACAAUUGAACAAACAACAACAACAAUUGAGGCAAUUGAGGCAACUACAACUGAGGCAGCAACAACUACAAUUGUGCCAACAACAACCACAAUUGGGAAUGCCCUGAAGCUGGAUUAUACGGAUGAUGAGAUUUAUAAAGUUGCCCAAUGUUAUAACUUAAAGCAAGUAUAA